GGCGGGGGAUCGGCGAUGAGCUUCGCGGAUCUGGAGUCCGGGGCCCUGCAGGCGCCCAGAAGGGGGAGGGGCCCCGACGCCACGCGCGCGCUCGUCUUCCAGAUCACCACCGCGGUGUCCUCCUACCGCCGCCUCCUCAACUCCCUCGGCACGCCCAAGGACACGCUCACCCUGCGCGAUCAACUGCAGAAGACUAGUUAUAAAGUUCUGCAAUUGGCCAAGGAUGCGAAAGAUAAGCUGCGGAGUGCUGCUGUAGCAGACCAGAGCGCUGGAACUAGUAAAGACAAGAGGAUAUCUGACAUGAAGCUUGCCAAAGAUUUCGCUGCCACAAUGGAAGAGUUCAGGAAACUUCAGAACAUUGCAAUUCAGAGGGAGGUGUCAUACAAGCCAGCCGUUCCCCAGAAUGCUCAGCCGAGCUAUGGUACAAAUGAUGGAAGUGCCGAUUUUGGUAAAAUGUCUGAACAGCAUGCAUUGCUUGCAGAACCGAACAGGCAAGAGGUGUUGCAAUUGGAUAAUGAAGUUGUUUUCAACGAGGCGAUCAUCGAGGAAAGGGAGCUGGCCAUUCAAGAGAUCCAACAGCAGAUUGGUGAAGUUCAUGAAGCAUUUAAGGAUCUUGCUACGCUCGUGCAUGCGCAAGGAGUUAUAAUAGAGGAAGUAGACACCAACAUAGAAAAUUCUGCAGAAGCGACCAAAGAAGCGAAGACGGAAAUUGGCAAAGCGUCCAAGACUCAGAAAUCAAACUCAUCCUUGCAAUGCAUGAUUUUGGUGAUAUUUGCGGUUGUGCUGCUUAUCGUGAUAAUAGUUUUGGCAAGUUGAGACAUGAAAUGUUUGAGGCUUAUUGGACCAAGCAUUACAUGCAAGAUUGAUCAUCUUUGUGUGCCGAAGACUCCCUAACUGAACUGUAAAUUUUGUUCUUUUUCUUCCUUUUCCCUUGAAAUUUUGUGGUUAUUCUUAUGUCACGUGUGAGUCUUUUUUUUUUCUUGGCUUGCCCUGAGUGAACAGUGAUGCCAUUUUGCUCGUAUAAAAGUUUGUUUGUCAUUUUGCUUGAGUGAGAAACUUGACAUUCUGUAAGUAUUUCCACUGAAUAAAAAUAAACAGGGAUUGUCCACUCUGAA